AUGGGGCCCCGCAGCAGCUUGCGGACAGGCUGCAGCAGGGUCACUGGUGCUGCUGCAGCUGCCCAGGCCCAGCAGCGGCAGCCCCUUGGCGUGGCCCUCAAGCAGCAGGCUCAAUUGGUCUCUAGAAUAGCUGGUGUUCGCGCGCGUACCAGCGUUCGCGCGGCCUCUGGCAACGGGGGCCCCGAACCAGACGUCUACGACACGGUCGUCGUGGGCGCGGGCAUCUCUGGCCUCGUCACAGCACAGGCACUGGCAACUAAGCACGCUGACAACGUCAAGAGCUUCCUGGUGACCGAGUCGAGGGAUCGCGUCGGCGGCAACAUCACUUCGCUGGCAAGCGACGGGUACGUCUGGGAGGAAGGGCCCAACAGCUUCCAGCCCAACGACUCGAUGCUCCUGGCCGCGGUCGAGGCCGGCGUGGCCGACCAGCUCGUGUUUGGUGACCCCACGGCGCCGCGCUUUGUGUUCUGGCAGAACAAGCUGCGGCCCGUGCCCAGCGGCCUGGACGCCUUUACCUUUGACCUCAUGAGCAUCUGGGGCAAGAUCCGCGCAGGACUCGGCGCCAUCGGCAUCGCCAACGGCACUAUGCCCGAGUCCGAGGAGAGCGUGGAGCAGUUCAUCCGCCGCAACCUGGGCGCCGAGGUGUUUGAGCGCCUGAUCGAGCCCUUCUGCAGCGGCGUGUACGCGGGGGACCCCUCCAAGCUCUCCAUGAAGGCCGCGUUCCAGAGGAUCUGGAUCCUCGAGAAGCAGGGCGGCAGCCUGGUGGGCGGCGCCAUCAAGCUGUUCCAGGACCGCAGGGCCAACCCCCCGCCGCCGCGCGACGAGCGCCUGCCCCCCAAGCCCAAGGGCCAGACCGUGGGCAGCUUCCGCAACGGCCUGCAGACGCUGCCCAACGCCAUCGGCGCCAAGCUCGGCGGUGAGCCACGCCCGGGGCUUGCGUGCACGGCGCAUGGCGCGCGGCGCGGCCGGUGGGGCGGCCCUGCUUGCCGGACUGGCACCAAGGCCCCGCUCACGCUCACCCCUGGGUAA